UCAAAAACAGAAACAACUAACGAAGUAUUUAUCUUAUUCAUCACUCGAUUUUACAAACAACAUUCAUUUCCCAUUUUUUUAGUCAAAAAAAAAAAAAAAUUCAUUUCCGAUUUUUACAUCUAUCGAUUUUUCUUCCAAAAACAACAAAAGGGUCGUAGCAAAAAUUCACGCUGGCGGUGAAGAACCUUUCAUCGGAGGAAGAGGAGGAGCAGGUUAGCCUAACGCUGCUACCUGAUAUUGAUAACGAUGGUGAAAAUGUUCAAAUCCCAGAUACUGCUCAUCAAAUUAGCACUGAUUCAUGGUUUCAAGUGGGGUUUGUUCUGACGACAGGAAUUAAUAGUGCUUAUGUUCUUGGAUAUUCAGGGACCAUUAUGGUUCCUUUAGGUUGGAUAGGUGGUGGUGUUGGUUUAAUUCUUGCAACUGCUAUAUCACUUUAUGCAAAUGCUCUUAUUGCUAUGCUUCAUGAAUUUGGUGGAACAAGACAUAUUAGAUACCGGGAUCUUGCUGGUUAUGUAUAUGGUAGAAAAGCGUAUUCUCUGACAUGGACUCUGCAGUAUGUCAAUCUUUUCAUGAUAAAUACCGGCUACAUCAUUUUGGCUGGUUCGGCUUUGAAGGCCGUUUAUGUUCUAUUUAGGGAUGAUGAUCAGAUGAAGCUUCCACAUUUUAUUGCCAUAGCUGGACUUGUAUGUGCAAUGUUUGCCAUUUGUAUUCCUCAUCUUUCAGCUCUUGGAGUUUGGCUAGGAUUUUCAACGGUCUUAAGCCUCGCAUACAUUGUCAUAGCACUUGUACUGUCACUGAAAGAUGGAAUAAAAGCACCAGCUCGAGAUUAUAGUGUUCCGGGAACAUCAACAAGUAAAAUAUUUACAACAAUCGGGGCGUCUGCAAAUCUUGUGUUCGCAUAUAAUACAGGAAUGCUUCCUGAGAUACAGGCGACGAUUCAACAACCAGUUGUCAAGAACAUGAUGAAAGCCCUAUACUUUCAGUUUACCGUUGGAGUUCUACCAUUAUAUCUGGUUACCUUUGCAGGGUACUGGGCAUAUGGAUCUUCAACACAAACGUUUUUGCUGAAUAAUGUCAAUGGUCCAAUCUGGGUGAAGGCAGUGGCCAAUAUUACAGCCUUUCUUCAAUCAGUCAUUGCAUUGCAUAUAUUUGCAAGUCCAAUGUAUGAGUAUUUGGAUACCAAACAUGGGAUCAAAGGGAAUGCUCUUGCUUUUAAGAACUUGUCAUUUAGAAUCUUGGUAAGAGGUGGCUACAUGACUUUGAAUACAUUUGUAUCAGCUCUUUUGCCAUUCCUUGGAGAUUUCAUGAGCCUCACAGGAGCUAUAAGCACAUUUCCCCUUACAUUUAUUCUUGCAAACCAUAUGUACCUAGUGGCAAAUAAGAACAAAUUAACUUCCAUUCAAAAGUUUUGGCAUUGGAUCAACAUUUGGUUCUUUGCCAUCAUGUCUGUUGCAGCAACUAUUGCAGCGCUGCGCCUUAUUGCUUUAGAUUCCAAAACUUAUCAUGUUUUCGCCGAUUUAUGAUUAAUAAAUUCUAUAUUCUUUCAGCAAUUCUAGUGCUGAUGAA